AUGUUUGAUGAAAAUUAUGCCCAAACUGUCCGACUAGUGGAUGGUGAAUGGGUUACCCGUUUAAAACUAUUUAAUUAUACGUCAAUUGAGACCCGUUUUGGUGAUCUAUGUCUACGGCAGAUAACAGACGGCACACAUUUAAUACAGUUAUGGUUGUCUAAUCAGGAACUGCUAGACUGUGAGUACACCACCGAUGCCAAGAGUGUCCGACAUUUGCUUAAAGAGUUUAACGAUCAGUCAGCCAUCAGUGGGUUGGCCCAAAAUUUUACAUAUUUUGGUGGCAAUGGAACAGAUCUAUGGUCCAAAUGGUCUCGUUUGACAAAUAUUAAACAAUAUAGGGAUCGGUGUCACCGAUUUCAUCGUAAAUUACUCAAAAAAUAUGAUUACAAAUCUAAAAGGAAAAGUUCACUACAGAGAAAUAAAAGGGCCGAUCUAUUGGUAUAUCCUGGUACUAAUUGGUGCGGAAAGGGAUCCACAAGUAUGAGCUUUGAGGACUUGGGUCAACACAGCUUCGCUGACCGCUGUUGUCGCGAUCACGACUAUUGUAAAUACACAAUUGGCCCGUUUUCAUGGAAAUAUCAUCUAUUUAACUAUAGGUUUCAUUAUGUGUCUCAUUGUUCAUGCGAUGAGAGAUUCAGGUCGUGUCUCAAACUGGCCGAUACCGGUGCCGCCAAUCUGGUGGGCAAACUAUUCUUCAAUGUGAUGCAAACCAAGUGUUUUAUGUUUCGUACGGAUCAGGUAUGCAGUGAGAGGUCGUGGUGGGGCCGAUGUUUGACCAACAAACGCAAGAAACGGGCAUUUUUUCGUAAUGGUGUCAAGUAUUAGGGACUAUACUUACUGACUAAUUGAUUGUUUUGAAAAAUGAUU